AGUUGGGGCUGGGGCUUGCUGCUCUGGGUACGCGUAGGCGUCCGGGUUUGAAAUGCAGCGGGAUUUAGUGAGUUUCCCGCUGUCCCCAGCCGUGCGGGUGAAGCUGGUGUCUGCAGGUUUCCAGACUGCUGAGGAACUCCUAGAGAUGAAACCGUCCGAGCUCAGCAAAGAAGUUGGGAUAUCUAAAGAGGAAGCCUUAGAAACUCUGCAGAUUUUAAGAAGAGAAUGUCUUACAAUUAAAUCAAGAUACACUGCUACAGCUGAGUCAGGCAAGAAUUGUACAGCACUGGAACUUCUUGAGCAGGAGCAUACCCAGAGCUUCAUAAUUACCUUCUGUUCAGCACUAGAUAAUAUUCUUGGGGGUGGAAUACCCUUAACCAAAACAACAGAAAUUUGUGGUGUACCGGGUGUUGGAAAAACACAAUUAUGUAUGCAGUUGGCAGUAGAUGUGCAGAUACCAGAAUGUUUUGGAGGAGUGGAAGGUGAAGCAGUUUUUAUUGAUACUGAAGGAAGUUUUAUGGUUGAUAGAGUGGUAGACCUUGCUACUGCCUGCAUUCAGCACCUUCACCUUACAGCAGAAACACAUAUGGGAGGGGAGCACCCAAAAGCUUUGGAGGAUUUCACUCUGGAAAAUAUUCUUUCCCAUAUUUACUAUUUUCGUUGUCGUGACUAUACAGAGCUGUUGGCACAAGUUUAUCUCCUUCCAGACUUCCUUUCAGAACACUCAAAGGUUCGAUUAGUGAUAGUGGAUGGUAUUGCUUUUCCUUUUCGUCAUGAGCUAGAUGACCUAGCCCUUCGUACUCGAUUACUAAAUGGCCUAGCCCAGCAAAUGAUCAGCCUUGCAAAUAGCCACAGAUUAGCUGUACUUUUAACUAAUCAGAUGACAACGAAGAUUGAUAGAAAUCAGGCCUUGCUUGUUCCUGCAUUGGGGGAAAGUUGGGGACAUGCUGCUACAAUACGGCUAAUCUUUCAUUGGGACCAAAAGCAAAGCAGGUUGGCAACAUUGUACAAAUCACCAAGCCAGAAGGAAUCUACAGUACUGUUUCAAAUCACACCUCAGGGAUUUAGAGAUGCUGUUGUUGCUACUGCAUCUUCUUUGCAAGCAGAAGGUUCACUGAAUUUCCGGAAACGGUCACGAGAAUCAGAAGAACAGGAAUCCAAAGACUAGUCUUAAAGUACACAUAUGUGUUGAUGCUGUGAGAUGUAAUGUAUACAAGUAGUAGAUAGACUCUAUUUUAAAAUAUAAACACAGGGCGCCUGGGUGGCUCAGUGGGUUAAGCCGCUGCCUUCGGCUCAGGUCAU